AAAGCGUAAUGAAUAGAUCAUUCUCCAUUAAAGAUCGAAAACCAUGGGGUCCUGUGAGGUCAAAGGUGAAGCUGAAAUGCUGAAGGCUAUUUUUCUUCCAUUCAUCUCAACCAGUCACCUAAUUCCGGUGGUGGAUAUGGCGAGACUCUUCGCUAUACACGGCGUGGAUGUGACGAUAAUCACCACACCAGCAAACGCUGCCGUCUUCCAGAGCUCCAUCGACCGUGAUUCUAGCCGUGGCCGCCCCAUUCGAACCCAUGUGGUAAAGUUCCCACAAGUCCCUGGUUUGCCAGAAGGUAUUGAAACCAUCAACGCUGACACUCCUCCACUCUUGACGAUGAAAAUCAGCGAGGCACUGUCCAUUCUCCAAGGCCAGUACCAGGAACUCUUCCGUGUUAUGAAACCUGAUUUCAUUGUCACCGACAUGUUCUACCCAUGGAGUGCCGAUGCAGCCGCUGAACUCGGAAUUCCAAGGCUCGUUUAUGUCGGGGCCAGUUACUUUUCUCACUGUGCAAUGAACUGCGUUGAAGAGUUUGCUCCUCACGCCAAGGUAGAUUCGGAUGGUGAGAGUUUUGAGCUUCCUGGGUUGCCCCACAAGUUGGAGAUGACACGCUCGCAGUUACCGGAUUGGCUUAGAGCACCAAAGCCCUAUACCUAUUUAAAGAAGAUGAUUAAAGAAUCAGAGAAAAAGAGCUACGGGUCACUGUUCAAGAGCUUUUACGAGUUUGAGGGAGCUUACGAGGAGCAUUACAAGAGGGUCAUGGGUACUAAAAGUUGGAGUAUAGGACCAGUUUCGUUGUGGGUGAACCAAGAUGAGUUGGAUAAGGCUGGUAGAGGGCAUGCAAAAGAAGGAGAAGGAAAAGGAACAAACGAAGAGUUGAUGAGAUGGCUUGAUACGAAGAAAGAGAACUCUGUUUUGUAUGUGAGUUUUGGGAGUAUGAACAAGUUUCCUACCGCACAGCUUGUUGAAAUAGCCCACGCACUUGAAGAUUGUGGACAUGAUUUCAUAUGGGUGGUUAGGAAAAACGACGAUCAUGGGGAUAAGGGUUUUCUGGAGGAAUUUGAAAAGAGGGUGCAAGAAAGCAACAGAGGGUAUCUGAUAUGGGGUUGGGCACCACAACUUGCUAUACUAGACCAUCCUGCAACUGGGGCAGUGGUGACUCACUGUGGGAUGAACACUGUGUUUGAAAGUGUGAUUGCAGGACUGCCAUUGGUGGCUUGGCCUAUAUUUUCGGAGCAGUUUUUCAAUGAGAAGUUGGUGGUGGAUGUGUUGAAAAUUGGAGUUUCGGUUGGAGCAAAGGAAUGGCGAAACUUGAAUGAUUUUGGGAGUGAAACAGUGAAGAGGGAGGAGAUACGAAAAGCAGUUGUUUUGGUGAUGGGUGGAGAAGAGUGUGUAGAAAUGAGGAGGAGAGUGAAAGUGCUUAGUGAUGAAGCAAAGAAAGCGAUUCAGAGUGGUGGCACUUCUCACAACAAUUUGAAAGAGCUUAUUGAAGAGCUCAAAUCACUCAAACUUCAAACAAAAUAAUUCUUUUAACCACUCUUUUCUAACAAUUUUUGACAAAUAUAUGUGAUAACAUUUCCUUUGAAAUAUUUUUUCAAAAAUAAAUUCAAACAAAAUAUGUCUUGUUAUAAAAAGUUGUUAAAAUAUCAGGAUCCAACUUUAAAAUGGUAUAUAAUACCACUCAAAAGCUUCAAAAGCGAUGUGGAAGAUGUUAGAUAAUGAGAGUCAUAAACUUUUAUUUAUGAAUUCUGAUAUUUUUACAACUUUUUUUAAUAAUUUUUUUUACUGUUUGAAUUUAUGUUUAAAAAAUAUUUGAAACUGACGAAUCACAAACUAUCGCAUUUGUCAAAAUAUUGUUAAAAUUAGAUAGCUGUUAAAAGAACUUUUUCCUUAUAUUUAUUGUUAAUGUAUCGUUAGUGCUGUUACCAACUAUGAUCAGCUUGCGAGAAUAAUGAACCUAUGCUUAGUUUUUCACUUUUGACCAAUCAAUGUUUACUUUAGUGGUGAGGUCUUAUUGAAUAUAAUCUGUCUGA